GGAGUCGAGGGAGGUUCGAAGACGCGCGAAACAUAACAGAAUAAAAGACAGAGAUUGGAUAAGGUGAGGGGAAGGAACGAUAAGUGACUCGAAGAAAAGAACACAGGAAAAGACGACACAGCGGAAUCUUAUAUCGCGCGUUGUCUUUUGUCGUAAAGACUGGAGCCGCUCUAGCGAGUGAGUCGAUCUCUCUUCUCGAUUCGAGAGAUCGACUGCUAUCCUUCGAGGCAGCGUCGGUUUGGCAGACGGAAGAGAAAUUGGCAAAAGUGUGAUAACAGAGAGAAAAAAAGCACCUACAAGUACGAGAUGGUGUACGGAGGAGGCUUCGACAUGGUGGAAACGAUGCCACAGACGGUACCUACCGCAGCCGGCUAUUCGCCGUCGUUCGAUUACAGCACAUUCCAAUUCGAUUUAUCCCUUCUUUCGGACGAUUAUGCCGCGACGAACGCGCAAAACACAUUGAAACCAGCCCAAAUCAAACAGGAAGCGCAAUCGCCGCGUCCCGGCUCACCGACCACGUACUCGAGCUCGCCUUACCCCGGCGCCGGCGGUGAACUGUCCCCUAAUUACUCGCACGAGGGUUCACCAGGAUACCCGACCAGUCCCUACUACGUACCCAGAAGUCCUCAAAGUGCUCAAUUCUACCCGACAAGCCCAGAACCCUCCGCGAAACAGCCGGUUAAAAGGGAGAAGAGUCUCGAUCUUCUGGCCAUCUUGCAAGAGUCCAGACUUCUGGCCGAGAGUCUGGGGUACAGGGAGGACUCGACCGACUGCACAGUGCCGUGCACACCGCCAAGAACGGAGGAGGACAUUUACAACAGCCUUGACGCGGACUUCUUCGCGAAGAAAGAGGAUACCGCAGUGCAAGGACACCCGUUGCUGAAGGAGAUCCUCUUCAAGUCGGAGCCACGGUCGAGCUGCAACAGCAGCAACAGCAGCACAACGAGCAACACCAGCGAUUCCUCGUCCACGUUGUCUUCCUCCCCGUCGAGCGCUUCCUCCUCGCCCGACCCCGUGCAACUCGAGAACAGCUCGCCGUUGAGGAGCUUGCUGUUCAAGGGUGCCAGAAAGGAUUUCGCGGACGGCGCGAGAACAAAUGUUCUGAAACUCGAGAGAAUACAGGACGAAGUCAGGAAUCCUCUUCAAAAGGAGGAGGAGCUGUUCAAGGACGGGCAAAAGAGCGAUCACCAGUUGCUCAGGGAGGUUCUGAGGGACACCAGCUUUCAGAGGAAGUACAAUCUGAGACCCGUGGAUCUGGGCAGCGUGGGGACAGGGUUCGUCGAAGACAUGGAAGCCGGCGAAUGCGUCGGUGACCUGACCAGAGAGCAGAUAGAGCCUGUCCUCAGCCUGGCCAUCCAACAAUUGCAGAAAGACUUUGACAACACCUGUGUCGCGCUUGGUAUUCAUCCUGAGCCACGACGUUGGAGCGCCGCGGACGUAGCAGCCUGGAUCCAAUGGGCCAGAAGGCAACUGCAAUUGCCAUCUGUCCCACUGGAGAGCUUCAACGUGGAUGGCGCUACAUUGGCUUCCCUCACGGAAGAGGAAUUCUGUCAGCGUGCCCCUCAGUGUGGAAGCAUUCUUCACGCACAAUUGGAAAUUUGGAAGGCAGCAGUCGAAGAAUCUCCACGUAACACAUUGGCAGCUUCGUGGGGUCCUGCCGUUGUUCAAACUCCUAACAAUAACAAUAAUGCAUCGUCGACUAUUGCGAAUGCAGCUCCAGCCAGUGUCACGGGCUCUACUUGCAGCGUAGAUUUUUCUGAUGAUGAGGACGAGGAUUGCGGCUCGUCGCAAGCUGGAACCGGCGGAGGCGGGGGCGGUGGUGGUAAAAUGCGUAACGGCGGCUCGCACAUCCACCUCUGGCAGUUCCUGAAGGAAUUGCUUCAGAGCCCGGGCGUCCACGGUUCCUGUAUACGCUGGCUGGACCGUGGCAAGGGUGUGUUCAAGAUCGAGGACUCGGUCCGCGUGGCCAGGCUGUGGGGCAAACGAAAGAAUCGGCCGGCCAUGAACUACGACAAGCUGAGCCGUAGCAUCAGGCAAUAUUACAAGAAAGGGAUCAUGAAGAAGACGGAGCGUAGCCAGAGGCUGGUCUAUCAGUUCUGCCAUCCUUACUGCCUGUAAAUUACCCGGGUCCCGUUAAGCCUUUGCUCUCGUGCGAAGGAUGUCGAAGGUGUUACCUCUGGGGAGGAGAAAAAAAAAAAAAAAGAAAGAAAGAAAGAAAUAUUUAUCGACGAUGAAAAGCAUAAAAUCGAGCGGAAAUCGAGUCUCUUUCGAUCGUGUGAUUUAUAUUAUUCGAUUAUUUAUUGCGAACCGCGUUCGAGGUAACAUCGAUGGAUGUCCUCGCCGAUAUUGCGUAUAUCUUUUCUUUUUUUUUUUUUUUAACGCUCGUCGCGAUUCUCUCGUGAUUCGUGAUACACGAUCGAAGAUCGUGCGCUAGUCGCGAGGUACGCAGGUCGGUGAUAAGAUUGUCGUAAACCGUUGUAUCGCCUCGAUCGCUGGGUGGUUUAUCGAGCAUCGAGUGCAAAGGGUUAACACUUUUUCCUCCCAGAUUCAAGGUCGUCCAGGUUGAUCACCUUGAGGCUGGUGCUCGUUUUCGAAAAGGAGUUGCGACGAAGGGCUUCCGACUCUUUCUGCGUGCAAUCUUUUUUUUUUUUUUUUUUUUUUUCUCGCACAGAGAACUCGUCAGAGAAUACGUGCUAGUGUGCUUGCCUGUCCCACUCUUCUGUGUUGCGUGUUGUUGCGUGUCCCUUCGUUGUGUGGCUGAUUGAUGAUAUCGAAGAGAG